AUGAGUGCUGCCGUCGACCAAGCUCACAUCCGCCUCAUACAGCAGGUGCAGCACGAACUCCGCACUCCCGUUCAUGGCAUCCUAGGCCUCCUCAACCACCUCCGUCAAGAAGUGCGCGCAGCCCCGUUCGCCGAUACCAAUGCACGCAAAUCGCUCCUUUUUAGCGUCGAGAGUCUUGCUGGUCUCGGAGAGAGGCUUCAGAACGUGCUCGAUGAUUUCGCCGACUUUGCUGCCGAAACCAUACACGCACGCGAGGCCGAAGAGCAGCACCAUGUCAUGCCCGAACAGCCCGUCGAUCUGGAUAAUCUGCUAGAUGCCGUCGCUGCAGAAGCGUGGAACGCCCAGGUGCGCCAGAUCCGCGCAGAAGACGGCGACGAUGCUCGACUGCCUCCGCCGCCCGAGCUCAUCUUGCAGACCGACACCAGCCUACGCGGCUGGAAAACGCUGGUUGACGUCCGCCUCGUCAGAAAGCUCGCCCACAAACUCAUCUCGAAUGCGCUCCGAUUCACCUCCGAAGGCUUCGUCGAGGUCUCGCUCUCUCCCUCGGUCUCCUCUUUUCCUUGGAGCGAAAAGGAGUUCCCCUUCCAUGAUCCCGACGCCGCCCAACAACCACGUCAGAACUUCAUCGACCUUGUCGUUCAAGACUCUGGCGAGGGCAUGACAGAGCACUUUCUCUCCCACCACCUCUUUGAACCUUUCGUCAAGGCCGACCAGUUCAAGGCAGGCGCAGGUCUAUCCGUCAACCUCUGCUCCAGCAUCGUCCGUCGUAUGGGCGGCGCCAUGCACGUAUCCAGCGACAAGGGCAGAGGCACCGUCGUCACCGUCCGUCUUCCCGUCCAAAGCCUCCCCGAGCGCAUCAUCGAACCAGCCCCAUCAUCACAACCCGAUCAGCUCAUCUAUCUCUACGGAUUCGAGGGCAUGGGUCUCCAGCGCCUCGCUCAAGUCAUCUCGGCGCAGAUGGCCACGUUUGGCAACCUCUACUCCACCUCCCACAUAGAGGAUGCCGACUUCCUCUUGCUUCCCGAAGAAGUGUGCCUCGAGUUGGAAGGUGGUAUCGAUGACAUCCUUGCUCGAACCAAACGCGGAGUCAAGAUUGGCGUACUGCAGGCGCAUGAAGAUGCGGGCAUCGAAUCUGCUGCAUUCAAGCACGGCAGCAGGCGACCCACUUUCGUCACGCGCAAACCGUUCGGUCCUCGCUGUUUCGCCAACUUGUUGAGAUUGGCCGAGCAGCAGGGCGAAGACGACGAAAGGACAUGCAACGAGACCUACCGACGCGAACACGGCCACUUGGGCUACACAGCACCCAUCGACCCCACCAAUCCAGAGUCGGUCCUAUCCAAAGGUGCAGCUUCACCUCUUUCAAAGUAUUCCAAGCUAGCAGAGACCAUCGAGGACGACGACGCAAUGCAGCAGCAUGGACACAAGGAUCAGCAUCCACGGAGAAUGUCGCUCGUCGGAGAGCAGGAGGAGAGGAAUCGCCAAGCUGGCUCGUCCGCGAUACCUGGCGGCGACAAGCUCGCCGAUCUGGUCGUGUCGCCAGAUGCGAUGGACGAAGUGCUCCGAGCUCCGCGUCCCAAACCUUCGAUUCCACCACCCACACCACCACCGACGGACAAGUCGUCGCUUGAAUCCAAGACAUCGCAAGACGAUGUCACGCCAUCACCUUCGCUCAAGACACCCAAGUUCAGCGUCCUCUGUUGCGAAGACAACCCACUCAACAUGCGCAUCUUGACCACCAUGCUGCGUCAAUCAGGCGUCGAGUUCCAUGAGGCAGUCGACGGCGUCUCAGCGGUAGAACAGUUCAAAAAGCAUCUUCCCGCUGUGACGCUGCUGGACAUCAACAUGCCACGCAUGAUGGGCUUCGAAUCGUGCGUUCUGAUGCGCAAACAUGUUUCGGAGCAGCUGACUGCAGAGCACAACCUCCGAGGGAGGUUCAAGAUCGUAGCAGUCACAGCAUUGUCGGAUACAUUCCAUCAGCAAAAGGGGUCGGAAUGCGGCAUGGAUGUCUGGUUCACAAAGCCGUUGCAGAUGCGUAAGCUGAAGGCGGACUUGGCAAAGUGGAAGAAGGAGUUUGAAGAGCUCGUCAAUGAGGGUCACCAGCAAUAG